UUUUAUAUUUGAAAGAGAGUUUUCAUCUUUUGUACUUAAGAACACUGAUUACAUUUAUUUUCAACUAAAAAAAGUGUGUUGUGAUUUAAUUGUCAUAAUAAAGUUAAAGGAAACAAGUAGCAGGAUGAAUAAUAAACAAAGUAUUUGUCGUAAAAAUAUUGGGAUAUGGAUAUCGGAGAAAAAGAGUCAAAAGUUAAACUGGAAGGAAUUAAUUAAAACUUGUAAUUCACAUGGUUACAACCUUAUCAAGCUGGAUUUGGAAAAAUCUCUCGAAGAUCAAACAGAGUGUGAUGUUUUUCUUCAUAAACUGACCGACGUUAUAGCUGCAUCUGAUCAAGGUGAUCUAAAGGCACUUCAUAUCAUUUGUAAUGUACAGCAGUAUCUAUCAAAUCAUCCGAAUACAACAGUAAUUGAUCCAAUUAAUAAUGUAAGGAUCUUGCUAAACAGACACUGCUAUUAUACUAUAUUACAAGAGGAAUUAUCACUGCAGAGACAUGGAAUAUUUACACCAAAUUUUGCAGAAUUUCAGACUUGUAACAUAGAACAAAAUAUUCAGAUUAUGCGGCAAAAGGGAGUUACAUUUCCUGUUAUAUGUAAACCAACAAUUGCACAUGGUUCAAAAUCUGCUCAUGAAAUGGUUCUUAUAUUUAACAAGAAAGGUUUAAAUGCUUGCAAGCCUCCGUGUGUUGUCCAGAGUUUUGUAAAUCAUAAUGCAGUUCUACAUAAAGUUUUUGUAGUGGGAAACAGAUAUCACAUAUGUCAGCGUCCCAGUCUUAAAAACUUUAAUGCAUCAGAAGAAUUGGAACCCAUAUUUUACACAACCGGUGAAGUUUGUAAAGCGGACAGUCGGUCAACUCUAUCUAUACUAGAUCCACAUGACAAGGCUGACAUUAAAUUGACUCUUGACGAGAAUAAAAUAAAACCCAUUAUAAGAUUAUUGAGAGAAAAAAUUGGCUUACUAUUGACUGGUUUUGAUGUUGUUAUUGAUAAUGUAACAGGUAACCAUGCUGUUAUUGAUAUUAAUGUUUUUCCGAGUUAUGAUAAUUUUCCAAAUUUCUUUGAUCAUCUAUUAGAUUGUAUUGAUGAAUCAGUUAAUAAAAUGUCUAAUGGAGACAGUUUAACAAGUACAAGUGAUAAUAGAAAUUAUUAUAACAAUCAUAUUACAAAUGGAUUAAUUAAUGUAGGUCAAAGUACAAUUAGGUUAAGCGUUACCGGUAUGAAUAUAAAUUGA